UUUGCAACAUGCCUUGGGACUUUCCAAGAAACCGAAAGUCAAACUAUGAAACACGGAACAGAGCACCAGUGACUGUGAUCUAACGAAGAUGGUAGAAGAAAAGCGUCACGAUCCUAAGGACUUCAGCCUGAAAUUUGUUGAUCGACCUGAUGACAUUACCCAUGAUGAUGAUCCCAACACACAGAGGAUAGAGAUGUCUUGUGGACAUGCUGUCACACCUGAGUCCCUCACAGCCUACUGUCGCAGUCUUCUGGAUCAGGCCAAGUACAAGUUCCUGUGUCCAGCUCUAAAAAAUGGAACAACUAAAAUGUGUGCAGCUGAGUGGAAGUAUGUAGAUGUGCGGAGGAUUGCUUUACUGAAUCAAGAGGAGCAGAACCACUUUGAGGAGACUAUGGCUGAACUGGCAGCAGCUAAGUACUGUGAAUACAACUCAUGCCCUGGUUGCAGUUCAUAUGUUGAGAGACAGAAUUUGACCAACCUGUGUGUACUCUGCACCAUCUGUACAGCUGAUAGCGGUAAGAGGUUUCAGUUCUGCUGGCAGUGUCUGAAGACCUGGAAAGGGCCAGCACCUCGCUCAGACAAGUGUGAAAACAGCGGCUGUGUUAAUGAUAAAAUUGAGAAAUUGUUAAAAUGUGAGGAAAUAAUCCUUCCUUCGGUUCAAUACCUAAAAUGUCCCUCACUGCGAGCUUGCCCUACAUGUGGAAACUUGGUUGAGCAUAACACAACAGGAUGUAAGAAUAUAAUAUGUAAUCGGUGUCAUGUUGAAUUCUGCUUUUCUUGCUUAAAGCUUAAGGUUGAAUGCCUAAAAACAAGCUCAUACUUUAUACCUUGCUCAAAUGGUGUAGCUCCUCGGCAAACAUCCAUUCCAACCUGGAGUAAGUAGAUACCUAAAAUCUUGGCGUAUUAUAAUGCCAAAACACACAGUUUUCAGUCUCUUUAAAUUGAUCUAUAGCCGUAAUAUUAAGUAAUUAAUUAAUCGAUUAAUCAAUCGAUCGAUUAAUCAAUCAAUUGAUCGAUUAAUUAAUUAAUUAAUUAAUUAAUUAAGUAUGAACUGUUUUGAAAGUUGUCCUCAGGUUAUAUAAAAAUUAUGUUGUAUUUGCUUUUGCUGUCAUUUGCUUCAUAAUAAAAUAAUUUUGAUUAGCACAAAUAAAUA